GCUUUUCCUGUGUAGAAGAAGAGAAACUGCCACAACAUGGUAGAAUGUGAGAGAAACAUCUUCACCUAUCUGUGGGAGUGUUUCUGAACUGCGUGAGGAGAAUUAUUCUCCUCAGGAACUACAUGUUUUCUGUGGACAUUGAAUGGGUUAAUCUUUCACCAGGACAGACCCAGAGUGUUAAAGUGUGAGCUUGUUGCUGUUAUUAAACAGAAAGUAGCCGCAGUAAGAGCUCAGACCUACAGGCUGAAAGUCCCUGGUGGAAAAUGUCGGUGCACUUUGAGGAGAGGAGCGGCGUGGUUCCGUGUAAAACUCCCUGGGGUUCCUGGUACCAGACCAUGGAGGAGGUGUUUAUAGAGGUCAAUGUUCCUCCUGGCACAUCCAGCAAAGACAUCAGGUGCAGCCUGGGCAGCAAACACGUCGAGCUCAGCGUCAAAGGAAAGGAAAUAUUCAAGGGGAAGUUGUUCGGAACGACGGUGGGUGAUGAAGCAACAUGGACACUAGAGGACAAAAAGCUGAUCAGGAUAGUUCUGAUGAAGACGAACCGUGAGGCAGGGAACUGCUGGACGUCGCUGUUGGAGGAGCAGUACACCGCUGACCCAUGGCUGCAGGACCAGAUGCAGAGGAAACUCACCCUGGAGAGGUUCCAGAGAGAGAAUCCUGGGUUUGACUUCAGCGGUGCAGAAAUCUCUGGAAACUUCCAUGGUGGUGGACCAGAUUUCAGCAGUUUACAGAAGUAACCUGCUAAUUCAAGAGAGACUAAAGGACUUUCUACUGACUGCAGGAGGUUGUUUUGCACAAUGGGACAUUUACAUUGCUGAACCUGAUACAAUAUCCUAACUGAAUGUUUAAACUCUGAUUCAUAUCUACAAAUACAUCAGAUGAAAUGUUCCUGUGUUAAAGCCAUAAUUUAAAUUCUAACAAAGCCUUUGUGCCAGUUUUACAGAUGCCACUACAUCAAGCUGCUAAUUUUCUUCAAAUCCUUUAAGACACUCAUGUGUCAUAGUGCAUAAUCUGGCAACUUGGUGUAUUUAGUGAUAAGAGACCACAAUGUCUGUACACUGGAGUUAUAAUAAAUGAUCUGGUCAGAUGCAAAAGUAAAUCUUGUUACUGAAUAAAUGGACAGGUGAGCCAGGUUAGCAUUUCAAUAAGUGUUUUAUUGAAAGGUUCACUUUCAGGGUACAAAUCAUUAAUUUAGUCAAAUCAAAUUACACAUUUACUCAAGCAACUCAUGUCUUUCUUCAGUAGUACCUGAGGGGGAAAAAAAAAAAAAAAAAAAAAAAAAAACUUUGCUUUGAUCUGCAGAACCAAAAUGAAAACUAUUUUUGUCCUAAUUAUCAAUUUAAGCAAUUAGACCCUGUGUAAAGUUGAAUUUUAAACCCUGACCUACAAAAGCAAAGUCUGUUAAGGUCAGUCGUGUUAAUGUUCAGCGACACGUCAUGUUAGAGAACCACUCCUGAAAAGAACAGACGAGCAGUUAACAAAAGAAAAGGAACAUCAUAUAAUCACCUUGGGCAGGAGUGUGCUAGAGGACAGUAACAACCUAGGGUGGGAGUUAAGGGCUUUGGGCCCGAUUUCUUGGUUCCUUUGAUGUACACCUUUUCACAAAACCCUUCUCCCUCCUCUUCCACAUGGUGGACUGAGGACCUAGGCGGUUCAAUACUUUCAACUGCUUUAAACAACCAGCGCAAUCAGGCGCCGAUUCAAAUGAGCGUGCUGAGUACACACACUCGAGCCGGUCAAACCAGGGUGGUACAACCCUCUGGCUGACGGCCAUCAAACACUCGACUAGGAUCUUCCAAAGUCAAACGAAUACUUGCAUGCUUAUACAAAAAAAAAAAAAAAAAAAAAAGCCACAAAAGUUGGUUUCCUUACAGAGCUUCACUCUCAGUACAGAAGUUCUGUACAGAAGCCAACAUCAAAACACAUCACUACAUUCCAUAAGAGAUUUUAAAAAAAAAAAAAAAAAAAAAAAAAGAAA